UGUCAUCCUGGAAUAUGCCCGUGCCGUCAGGGAAGAAAAAAUCUAUUGAUGGGAUAACCUGGUCAUUCAGUACAUUCAGGAAAUCUUAAAUGCGCCAGUGAAGAAGUCCAUGAGGGAGAAAGCUAUAGAGCGCAGGACCGCAAAUAAAGAGCACAACAGUAAUUUUAAGGCUGGAUAUGUUCCUAUUGAGGAGGAGAGGCUCCACAAGACAGGACUGAGGGGUCGUAAGGGCAUCAUUGCCAUCGGCAUUGUCAUCCUACUUUUUCUGCUUGCUCUCAUUAACCUCAUUAUAACACUGGUGAUAUGGACGGUGAUACGGAUAGGUCCUGGAGGUUGCGAAAGUAUGGAGUUUCAUGAGAGUGGGCUGCUACGCUUCAAACAGAAAGCUGAUAUGGGAGUGGUCCACCCGCUGCACAAGAGCACGGUGGGCGGCAGGAAGGACCAGGACCUUAUCAUCACAGGCAACAAUAACCCAGUGGUGUUCCAACAGGGCAACACAAAGCUGAGCGUAGAGGAAGACAAGACGUCUAUCGUUAGCGACUUGGGCAUCUCCUUCACUGAUCCCCGCACUCAGACCACUUUCUUCAGCACAGAUUUUGACAACCAUGAGUUCCACCUGCCCAAAGAGGUCAAAGUUCUCAACGUGAAGAAAGCUUCUACUGAGAGGAUCACCAGCAAUGCGUCCUCUGACCUCACUAUUAAAGGAGAUGGCAAAGCCAUUAUUCGUGGCAAUGAGGGCGUGUACAUCAUGGGCAAAACCGUGGAGUUCAGCGUGGGUGGGGGCAUUGAGCUGAAAGCCGAAAACAGCAUUAUCCUGAAUGGCUCAGUGAUGUUCAGUCCUUCACGUAUACCAAACUCCUCUCUAGGGGGAGACCUGUACUUCAACGAGGGUCUGGAGAGGUAUAAACUUUGCAUGUGUGCAGAUGGGACCCUGUUCAGAGUGCAGGUCAAAUACUCCAACAUGGGCUGCCAAACCUCUGAUAACCCUUGUGGAGCAGCACACCUAUAAAAGAGGGAUGAAUACCACAGGACAACGCAUGCACAUGCUCAUUCACAACAUCUUUAUAUGUGCAGUUGAUCAUUUAGAGUGAAAUGCCAAAAGCUACUAUGAAGAUAAUCUGUUUUUUUUUUUUUUUGGUAUAUGCAAGUGCACUCACACCACCAUCCUCAGAGAAAAACUGGACAACAGUUAUAAUAUUAAUAUAUACAAGAGGAAAAAAACACUGUAUACCCUCACACAACUAUCGUCUCACUUUAUUGGAGGUCUCAGAAACACACACACCUCUACAAUGAUAAUCAGUCUGCUAUAACCAUAAACCCGGCCCAGCACAAACAGUCCAGUUUUCUUUUAUGUAAUAGCUUGGCCGAGAGUUCCUGUGCAUUAUCAUUGGCUCAUCUCAGUGUUUUACUGCCUUUAAGCUGCCUACCCUUCACUGCAUGUGCUUUUAUAUAGUGUAUCACAGCACAGUAAUUUAGUCCUGUAAUAUUCUGAGCAGUAUUACUACACACUUUUACGAUCCCCUCCUUUCAUUAAUAACCAUCAAAUGGGCACAUAAAGAGAGGAAUGUUGUUUGAUUGGUGUGGUUGUUUGCACUGCCUGCUACUUGUGUUGAUGCCGAUGUCCUGCACCAUGUUAGAAUAUUCAAACCAGUCUUGAUAGAUUUUUUUUUUUUUUUUUUUUUUUUUUUUGUAAAUGUAUUUGCAUAUACAGUAUCCUGUAUGAGAGCAGCUUUGAAUGAAUUUUUCGCUCUGAUCUGUUCAACAGGACUCCAAUUUUACACCGGACAUCAAGUGGCUACCCAACAAAGUAUCAAAAAAUGUUAUUGAACAAAAGUAAACAAAAUGUAUUUAAAAUUCAACAUUGAAAUAUAUUCAUAUGACAAAGAACUGCAUAGGCCCAACAAUAAAAACAAAAAUUAUCCCGGGUUUAAUACAAGUUAAGCUCAAUCGACAGCAUUCUUGGCAUAAUGUUGAUCACCAAAAAAACAAAUUUGACUCAUCCCUCCUUUUCUUUUAAAAAAGGAAAAAUCAAGGUUACAGUGAGGUUCUUACAAUGGAAGUGAAUGGGGCCAGUUUCUUGAGGAUUUAAAGGCAGAAAUGUGAAGGUUAUAAUUUUAUAAAACCUCUUACAUUAAUUCUUCUGUUAAAACUCAUGUAUCAUUUGAGCUGUAACAAGAAAGUUGUUUAAAUCGUCACUUUAGGGUUUUGGGGGUUGUUAACAUUACAUCAUCAUGGCAACAAAGUUGUAAAUUUGGCUAUAAUUUUACAUACAUAACUAUACUUACAUUUACAUGUAUAACUCUACUUUUGAAUCAGUGAGUAUUUUAAUGUUUACAGAUUGGCCCCAUUCACUGCCUUUGUAAGUGCCUCACUGGAAGCCAGAUUUUUGCUUUUUUUUUUAAAGGAGGGACGAGUAGAAAUUAUUUUUUGUGGUAAUCAAUAUUAUGCCACAAAUGCUGCCGAUUGUGCUUAACUUGUAUUGAACCCAGAAUAUUCCUUAAGCAUGACAUACUUUAGGCUGAAUAGGACAACCUAUUCCAGCCUUUUUAGACAGUAUUACAUUAUUUUAAUAUUCUAAAUGGCUUACGGUAUAUUAUGAAAGUUGUUUUUAUCACAUAUGUUUACUUGUCAUGAUUUUAGCCUUCUGCCUUUCAAAAAAACAUAUGCAUUUCAUAUUUAGUCUCUUCACAGAAUCAGCACAGCCAACUGGUUUCAACCCACAAGUAAUUUCAUAAAAACAGUAGAUAGUGAUACAUCACUCAUGGCACAUAUUUUCAUGGAUUGUAUAAUAGCGCCCAGUUACUGUUACCUUAUUAGAGUGCCAUGGAUUAAUACGAUUUUCUUUUUUUUUAAUAACAUGUUCGGAGGUGUGUACCAAUAGCAUAUCUUUUGAUAAGAUAAAAACGGGAAACAUAUAUGAUAUACACUCACUGAGCACUUUAUUAAAAACACUGUGGUCUUCUGCUAUUGUAGCCCAUCCGCCUCAAGGUUCGAUGUGUUGUGCAUUCUGACAUGCUAUUCUGCUCACUACAAUUGUACAGAGUGGUUAUCUGAGUUACCGUAGCCUUUCUAUCAGCUCGAACCAGUCUGGCCAUUCUUUGUUGACCUUUCUCAUCAACAAGACUUUUCUGUCCACAGCACAGCCGCUCACUGUAUGUUUUUUGUUUUUGGCACCAUUCUGAGUAAAUUCUAGGGACUGUUGUGCAUGAAAAUCCCAGGAGAUCAGCAGUUACAUAAAUACUCAAAUCAGCCCGUCUGGCACCAACAGUCAUCACUAAGAUAACAUUUUCCCCCAUCCUGAUGGUAGAUGUGAACAUUAACUGAAGCUCCUGACCCAUAUCUGCAUGAUUUUUUGCAUUGCACUGCUGCCACAUGAUUGGCUGAUUAGAUAAUCGCAUGAAUAAGUAGGUAAACAGGUGUACCUAAUAAAGUGAUCAGUGAGUGUGUAUAUAUAUAUGAGUUAUCUCAGUGUGAUAUUUUGUGCAAUAUAACCUUUACUUGGCCUGGUUCAUCUGGGUACAUGUGUGGUAUUUAUUUUUGCCUUUUUUUAAUUGUUAUUUCUGAACUAAGUAUUGUUGUUACGUUCCAACUUAAUCAUUACUAAAGAUCACCUGUGCUUAAGAGACAAAUGUCAGAUGUGACUUUAGUCUUUCAAACACUGCAAUGGAGUAGUAUGUUGUGUUGUAAAUCUCUGUAUCUGAUCUCUAAUGAUAUGUUCACCUAUCAUAUCUUUUAGGGAGCCUCUGUAUUGUCAGAAGUUUGUCAGAAUUCUUGUUUUGAAAGAAAGAGAAAAUCAAUGCUUUCAUAUUGCAAUUGUUAAUAAAGAGAAAUGCAGAUUUUGUUUGAAAAAAUUAUGUGUUUUAUGG